AUGAAUGACUGCAUGAGUGAUAGGAAGGGAAGUAAACGGCGGCUAAUAUUAACACGUGUCGGUCACGCACUCAAGACAUUGACAAUCAGUUGUCAUUUGAACGAAACAAAUGUCUUAAUAAACAAGGAUUUGGUCCGAAAUAACAGCUCUUUCUAUACGAGAGUGAAAGGGGAACAGCUGUGGAGGGGUGCGAUGGGAGUGAGCAAAAUGAGUGCCAAAAGGGGGCGUAAGGGGGGAGGGGGGAAGAUAAUGAAGCAGGACUUGAAUCGGGGGCAGAGGAUCGGUGUGGGCCGGCAUCGCAUGGUAUGGCCCGGACUGAACGCACCUAUACUUGUCGGCCGACAGACACUUCGUCUCAAGUCUUUGGGCAGAGACGAGACAUACGACCAGAAUAUGGCGAACGCGAGGAGUCGUAUGCGACGGUUCUCUGCCGCCAAAGUACACCCUCUGGAGAGGGGGUGGAGUGGCAACAAAAUGGGCGGCCGUUGGAUAGGACCUCCCGAUGCCAUACACGGCGAACAGUUCGUGGGCUUCGACACCAAAGUUGUCGUUUUGAAGCCAAUCUUUAAGAUGACGGCUCUGUUCGGCAAACAUAAGAGAUUUUAUUGCCUAUCAGUGACGGGAAACAUGAAUGGUUUGGCCGGUUAUGCGGUCGGCAAACACGUGGACAGUAAGUCAGCGGUGAUCCGCUCGAAGAAUAAGGCCGCACAACGACUCCAAUACAUGAAUCUAUACGAAGGGAACUCUCUUUACCACAACUUUUACUCGAAAUACUGGGCCACAGAACUGUUUGUCCGCAAAAUGCCCAAAGGGUAUGGAGUGCGCGCCCACCGCUGUAUUACAGCCAUUUGCGAGGCAUUGGGUCUGACGGACAUCCACUGCAAAGUGGAGGGUUCGGAGAAGAACUAUCUGCACAUUACGCGCGCCUUCUUUAAUGGACUCCAACACCAAAAGACUUACCAACAAAUGGCUGACGAUAAACGUCUAAACGUUGUGGAACUGGUCGGUGAUUAUAAUUAUCCACUAGUGUUGGCCAGACCUACAAACGGGUGUCGCACUGAUGAGGAGAUCAGUGCCGAUGAGAUACUUGAUUACGAUAUGUAUAUCUAUAACGGACGGGUAAUACAACCGCCCAAAGAGAGACCCGUUUAUUACACUCGACACAAGGGUUGGGAGACGUAUACGAAGCGAUGGCAAUACAGACAAAGCCAACAGCUCUCCAGAAUCAAUCUGAUCGCCACAUACGGCUCACUCGAGAGUUAUAUCACACAAAUGGAUAGACAGAGACUUAAAGCCAAAAGAGUUAAACUCUUGGAGGAGAUGCCUCUCGAAGACCACCAAAACAAAGAUGAAACUGAAGUCCAGAAUUAA